AUGCCGACCACCGAAGGCGCCUCCUCGAUCACGGUCACAGUUCGUGUUCGCCCAUUUACAAUUCGUGAAGCAGCCCAAAUCACCAAAAAUGACGAUGGCCCUCUUUUCCUUGGAGAUGGAUCGCUGGCAGGCGUGCCCACACCCAAGCUCAACCAGAAAGGGAUACGAUCCAUCGUAAAGGUGAUUGACGAUCGGUGUCUAGUGUUUGACCCUCCCGAGGACAAUCCCGUCCAGAAAUUCUCCCGUUCCGUCGUACCCCAAGGCAAACGUGUCAAGGAUCAGACCUUUGCCUUCGAUCGUAUCUUCGACCAAAAUGCCUCACAAGGUGAGGUUUACGAAUCCACAACCCGCAGUCUCCUGGAUAGUGUCCUGGAAGGUUACAAUGCCACCGUAUUCGCCUACGGAGCGACAGGAUGUGGAAAGACGCAUACUAUCACAGGAACAACACAGCAGCCUGGUAUUAUUUUCAUGACGAUGCAAGAGCUUUUCGAGCGUAUUGAUGAGAGAUCGGGUGAAAAGUCGACUGAAAUAUCCCUCUCAUAUCUGGAGAUCUACAACGAAACGAUUCGCGAUCUGCUUGUCCCUGGGGGAGCUAAGGGUGGCCUCAUGCUGCGUGAGGACACCAACCAAGCAGUUUCGGUGCCUGGUCUAUCCAGUCAUCAUCCACAAAAUGUAGCGGAGGUCAUGGAUAUGAUCAUGCGAGGUAAUGAAUGCCGCACUAUGUCUCCAACGGAGGCCAAUGCGACUUCAUCCCGAUCCCACGCCGUUCUUCAAAUCAACGUGGCACAAAAAGACCGAAACGCCGAUGUUAACGAGCCUCACACUAUGGCCACACUCAGCAUCAUUGACCUUGCUGGUAGUGAGCGAGCCAGCGCCACGAAGAACCGAGGCGACCGCCUACUCGAAGGUGCAAACAUCAACAAGUCCCUGCUGGCACUGGGCAGCUGUAUCAAUGCCCUUUGCGACCCUCGGAAGCGGAACCAUAUCCCUUAUCGGAACUCAAAACUGACACGACUCCUCAAAUUCGCUCUUGGUGGCAAUUGCAAGACUGUCAUGAUUGUAUGCGUUAGUCCGUCCAGUCAACAUUUCGACGAGACUCAAAAUACUCUACGAUAUGCGAAUCGCGCGAAGAACAUUCAGACUAAGGUCACCCGAAAUGUUUUCAAUGUCAACCGUCACGUUAAGGAUUUCCUGGUGAAGAUUGACGAGCAGAUGAAAUUAAUCAACGAACUCAAAGCGCAGCAAAAGGACUCGGAGAAUCUGGCAUUCACCAAGUUCAAGAAGCAGACGGAAAAGAAAGACGCUGUCAUGCGGGAGGGCGUUGCUCGUAUCCGCACCGCCUACGACCACUGCUUGCCAGAGAGACAGGAGCGAACGAAUCACAUGCUCAAGCUUAGACAGAUCAGCCGCCGGAUUAGCAUUCUGUCCUCUUGGAUCGCAGCAUUCGACACUGCAUGCGCAUCGCGCGAGGAUGGGGAGGGAAUCGCCAACUUAUAUGCCAUUAGGAAAAGCGCGCAGGGUAUUCUGCUUGAAUUGGAAGGCAGCAGACACCAUUACAACCAGCGAUUGUCCAAGAGCACUUGGGAUCGAGCGAUGAACUCGGCGGUUGAAAACGCCACGAAGCAGCUUCAGGAAUUUGAUAUCAGUGAUGCGAGCGACUACGCCAACUUGGAUAGGGAAGCUCAGCUUCUGAGAUCCAAUGCAGAGCGCGAGUCCUUGACAGCAGUUAUUGAUCAAGACAAGGCUGGCGACGCGGCCGCCUUACAGCUGCUCCUCCAAGCGCAGUUUGAAAUGAUGUCGUCAAUUGAGAAUAUCAUGCAACUGAACGCAACCGAAGCAAUUCAGAAGGGACGUGUGAUUCUCGCGAAGAUGCUCGAAGACUGCUCAAAUGCUGCAUCAAAUCUCGUGAAACCGGAUGGAAUUCUGCCUGCACUUCCGGCUAGUCCCGUCAAGAUGGCCAGCCCUUCAAAGGCGAAGAAAAGAUACAGCCUGGUGAGCAUGCCGCCUCCAUUGAAAUCUCUCCAGCCCUCUGUUCAGAUCGUGCCCAUGGCUCCUGUCUCUCCAACCAAGGGCUCACCCCGUCGCCGCAAGGCGGGUACUGGCCGUAAGAACGUCACCUUCUCACCUAAGAAGUCACAAGUCAAGGCUGCCAAGAGGUCGGUCCGUUGGAAGGACGAUGAAGAAGAUGCUCCUUUAACUGAGUUCCAAAAGUCGCCUCCGAAAACCCAGUCCGUUGAAGAGGACAGUGCGGAGGAUCCUUUCGAGCCUACUUUACCACGGGGCGUAUCCCCGAUCCCGCGUAACAUUCCGAGGAUUGUUAGUCCAUCAGGAAUGGCCUUGCCUCCUGCGCCAUCUGAUGAACCGACCCUGAAUAUUCAAAAGAACAGCAGCCGUUUCAAAGCUGGAUUCCUAUCCAAAAGAGCUGACAGCUCCCCUCUUGCACCCCCACCUACUUCAACUCUCCCUCUUUCCGGUCGUGGAAGCUCUCCCCUUCGCGACAUCGAAGGUAGCAGUUUCCUGAAUCGGGCCCCCUCAGAGCGUCCAUCCCGAAUUGCUGUCCGAAGCCCAAGUGGAAACCUUUUGAGCAGCCCAUUACCCGACACCAAGGGCAAUUGGAAGUCUGACAAGGAUGAGGCGAUCAAGAUUAAUUCCGCGAUGCGCCGUAUCUCUAGUGGGCACUUUGGACCUUCUGCCAACGCUUUGCGAGUCCAUCGUCGUCGAAGUCCCGGAUCUAACACAUACAGCAGCUCUCCCAACGAGGGUAACAUGUUCACUGCAUCCCAGGCUCGCCGUAUGGUGAAGAGUGAACGGGAGAUUGAGGCCAAGCCCCGGGUAUUCAGUCCGCAUACCCUGCCGGUCAUGAAGAACACCGGGCGACGGACAACAUUGGGCGGAGAUAUCCGACCACGACAUGGCAGCCUCUCAAGUAGAGAUGCCUUGCGACUUUCUGCCAUGGCCGCGCCACUGGUUGAUCGUACCGCAACAUCGACGUCUAGUGGAUUCCGCUAG